CAGCGCGCCAUGCAAAUAAUCCCCCGCCGCCGCCUUCCGAUUGGCCACGGCAAACUCAUUUAAUCCCAGUUCGGUGCGCGGUGUAUGGCUGCUGGACUCCUCUCUCUGUGUGUCUCUCGCCAGCUCCUCCUCUCCUGAUUCCUCCCGGGCAAGAGGAGGGAAACCACAGAGAACAAAUUACUGUGCAACUUCUCUCUGGCUCUGGGGUUUUUUUCCUCCCCCUCCUAUUUUCUUUCUUCUCCUCUCUCCCGCUCCCUCUUUUUAGUGAUCGUUUAAUUACUUUUUUUCGGUGGCUUUUCCUCUCUCUCUCCUCUGCUCUGUUCACCUGGGAGCAGCGGGUGCAAGUCACACCAGAAGUUAGCAAAGAACAACAACCAAAAAAGCAGAUCUGCUCAGAAUAAGGGAGUGAGGGAGAGAGCGAGAGGAGGGGUGUGCGUGUGUGCAUGGGAGAGAGAGGGAAGGACAUUUCUGAGUGCUCUACACACUCCUCCUCCUUGCAAAGUGAAGCAGCAAGUUUGCCCUGCACCUGUUUGAGCGGCUUGAAUCCAGCUCGCCAGCAACAAGCCCUGAAAGUGGUUUGCAAAGGAGAUUUUUUUUUUUUUUUGCCUACGGUGUUGCCGGUGGUGCUUUUUUUGUUUUUACGUUUCCCUUUUCUCGUCCCUUCCCUCUGGGCUCCUCUAUGUUUGAUAUUUUUAUGCGUGGUGCCGGUGGAAAAUAAAAAGCUACUUGAAUGUACAGCAUGAUGAUGGAAACGGACUUGCACUCCCCCGGCGGAGCCCAGGGCCCCACCAACCUCACGGGCCAGACCGGAGCUGGAGGUGGCGGAGGCGGAGGAGGCGGCGGCGGCGGGGACAAAGCGAACCAAGACCGGGUCAAGCGGCCCAUGAACGCCUUCAUGGUGUGGUCGCGGGGCCAGCGGCGGAAGAUGGCCCAGGAGAAUCCCAAGAUGCACAACUCGGAGAUCAGCAAGCGCCUGGGGGCCGAGUGGAAAGUCAUGUCCGAGGCCGAGAAAAGACCCUUCAUCGACGAAGCCAAGCGGCUGCGGGCGCUGCACAUGAAGGAGCACCCGGAUUAUAAAUACCGGCCCCGGAGGAAGACCAAGACCCUGCUCAAGAAGGACAAGUACUCGCUGGCCGGGGGGCUGCUCAGCGCCGGCUCGGCAGGAGGAGGCCCCGCCGGAGUCGGGGUGGGCAUGGGGGUCGGCGUGAGCCCCGCCGGGGUGGGCCAGCGGCUGGAGAGCCCGGAUGAUCAGUAUGUACUUACCGGCCGGAGAAGGCGGGGACCCGGCUGCGGCGCAGAGCCGGCUGCAUUCCCUGCCCCAGCAUUACCAGAGCGCCAGCACGGGGGUCAAUGGCACAGUCCCCUUGACACAUAUCUGAGCCGGGAGGGACAGAAACUUGCCUCGAACCCGGCUGAGCGGUACCUCGAUCUGGCUGGCCGUCAGAUGAUCAGUAUGUACUUACCGGCCGGAGAAGGCGGGGACCCGGCUGCGGCGCAGAGCCGGCUGCAUUCCCUGCCCCAGCAUUACCAGAGCGCCAGCACGGGGGUCAAUGGCACAGUCCCCUUGACACAUAUCUGAGCCGGGAGGGACAGAAACUUGCCUCGAACCCGGCUGAGCGGUACCUCGAUCUGGCUGGCCGUCGCCUCCACCCCAGCGCGCACACCCUGCCGGCUCCCCUUUUUUGUACAGAAAAUGUUUGGAUGUUCUUGUCAUGAUAAUAAAUAAUAAUAAUAAUAAUAAUAAUUAAUAAGGAGGAAAAAGGUAACCAUUGCUCUAAUUACCUUUUUUAGGACUAGUUUCUGAAACUAGUUUUUGCGUUUUAGACUGAACUUCUGUGUUUUAUUGGGACUUUUUGUACAGUAUUUAUCAUUCACUCACGAGGCAUAGAGCGUUUUAUUUGCUGAAGAGAAAAGAUAACAAAAUGACAAAAAAUAAGAAUAAUAACACAAAGAUUUAGGCGAUGCCAACUUUUAUACUGCGGAAGCCUUACACGCUUCUUCCUUGGAUCGCUUCUUGUGUAGGCUUUUUAUUGCCUAAUUAAGACAAAGUUGAUGAGGAAACGGUUCUCGUUUAUUACAUGUACUAAGACAAAUCCAAAACCACACGUAAAAGUUACUGUAGAUGUUAUUGCGGAGGUUUUGUUUGUUUAUUUAUAAACCUUUUUUUCCCGACUGCAACAUUAUUCUUGGUUUUGUAAAACUUUAUUGUACUUUAUUUUUAUUUUCUUUUGUUUUUGUUUUGUUUGUUUUGUAUUAUUUCUUGUAAAUGCAUUGUGAAAUAAUUUUUAUUUUAGGCGUCACGAGGGAAUUGUGUAUAUAGUUUACUAAAAAGCCUUUCUGCUAAAGAGAAAUCUUAAGGAUGCGUUCGUUGAAUUUUGAGUUUAAAUAAAUUUUAAAGUGGAAAAAGUCACCUGUUCUUUUUUUCAGUAAACCCGAAAAGUACUAAUUUUAUACGCAUGGUAUGCCUUAAAUAUAACUGGUAAACCUAGAAAUUGGAAAGGAAA